AUGGCCAUCAAAACUUUCUCCAUGAAAUUUUUCUCACUGCUAGUUUCUUCAUUUGCCAUCAUUGGAAUGGUAGUAGCCGGAGAUCCAAACAUCCUCACUGACUUUAUAACCCCCCCAAAUGCCACUACGGUUGAUGGAAGCUUCUUCACAUUUACUGGCUUGCGUUCCUUUAUCGGGUCAGGCCCUCCCACGACUUUUAAGGUGUUGAAAGCAAGCAUGGUUGAAUUCCCAGCACUCAAUGGACAGAGUGUUUCUUAUGCUGUAUUGCAGUUUGCAAAUGGCACAACCAAUCCACCACACACCCAUCCUCGCUCAGCUGAGCUCCUUUUCCUUGUUCAAGGUUCUCUUCAGGUUGGGUUUGUUGAUACAACCAACAAGCUCUUUACACAAACACUUCAAGCAGGUGAUAUGUUUGUGUUUCCUAAAGGACUAGUGCACUUUCAGUACAAUGUUGCGCAAACAUCUGCUUUAGCAAUUUCAGCUUUUGGGAGUGCAAAUGCUGGAACUGUUUCAAUUCCCAACACCUUGUUCAUCACUGGCAUUGACGAUAAUGUGUUGGCUAAAUCCUUCAAGACUGAUGUUUCCACCAUUCAAGCUCUCAAGGCUGGCCUUGUUCCCAUGGGCAAGCCCUAA